AUGGAAUAUACUCACAAGCAGUAUAACGAUAUUCUCGUGGUGGUAGAUGCGUUUACCAAGUUUGUGUGGUUGUACCCCACUAAGAGCACAGGCACAAACGAAGUAAUAGAUAAGUUAUGCAAACAAUCAUCGGUGUUUGGUAAUCCACAAAAAGUUAUAACAGAUAGAGGCACAGCAUUCACGUCCAAACAAUUCGACGAAUAUUGUAAAACCCAGGGAAUACAACACUUAUUGAUUUCAACUGGUGUUCCGCGUGGCAAUGGGCAGGUGGAACGUAUGCAUAGAAUAAUUAUCCCAAUGCUAGCAAAAUUAUGUGUUGAAUCGCCUGGAUUUUGUCGCAGCCUUAUCAAUAUAUACAAAAGCUUCAACAAUUACAUCACCAACAACAAAGUGACGAACAAUCAACAACAGCAACAUAUGUUCGAGCAACAACCGCGGCAACAUAUGUGUGAACAACAACAACACAUGUAUGCCCAACAACAGCACCACAUGUAUGCUCAACAUCAACAAUCACAUGAUCAACAACAGCAACAGUAUGAGCAACAACAACUGCAAAAUAGAAAUCAUAAGUGUCAACAUGUUAAACAGCAACCACAUCAAUUCCAACAGAUAAAUCAACAUCAGCAGCACAUGUAUGCUCAGUAUGAAAAACAACAACAAAAUAGAAAUCAUCGGUGUCAACAUCAGCAAGUACACCAAGAUCAGCAAAAUGUUAAACAGCAACCACAGCACUUCUAA